UUGGGUGCGCAGCGGGCAAGGACAGAGAAGAAAUGACAUUUGUGUAACGGUAACGGGACUACUGUGGAUUGCACAGCUUUUAGAUGGAAUCUCUACCCUCGUGUGCCGUCGGAGGAAUUUGAAUAGGAGAAAGAACUGAGGUUUGGGACAGCGAUCUGCAAGAAGUCAAGAGACCGGCAUUUCCAGGUCCUGCGUGAUGGCCACUCAGUAGUGGAGCAGUUUCUGGACACGCUGCAGACCACAAUUGCUCGAUCUAUUCCGCUGAAUGGCUGUGUACAGAGGGGGCAUCGCUUUAUGGGUGGGCUGUGGGAGGAGUCAAGGCUGCAGACAACCAAUCAAGCGUCAGUGUUGGAGUCUCACUCAGGCACUCGAUUUUCAGCUUAAUGGGCCAUCUCGACCAAUAAGUAACAUAUCUUCAGCACUUUCUCCUGCAAUCUCUCUUCGCCAUGGGCAACUGAGCCAGUCUACUUUUGAAUUAUCCCUGUCGCACCAUAACUGGCAUGUUGGACACCCAAUCAGAACUCUUGGUUUGGAAGAGGAUGAGUGGGAUGGGACUGUCAGCCUGUGUCUGCUUUUUGGACCUGGCGAUUGCGAGGGCCAGCGUACCAUUGUGGAAGUGUCACUCUUUGGGCAGACCAGAGUCGGCGAUCAGUCAGCCUUGGGAUCCACACGGUUUGAGGAGUUUCUUUUUCCCUUAACCACUGUUGAUGGAUGCAGGGAGGAUGACAUAAAUGUGCUAGGAGAAAGUGGAAAGGAGACUGAAAGAGAGGGAGAGUCUUUCCGAAGCUUGUUUUGGACAGAGAGCUGCCCGGCCCCUUUUGUGUGGGGCUCUCGUUUCUACUGCUUCCAUGGCCCAUUCAGGGAGUCUGUGACCAGUCGUGUGGAGAAGCCAAGACUGAGGAGUGGACUUGAUCUUCAGGCCCCAAAGCUUUAUACAUCACUUCCAGUUGCUCACUGUAACUACCCAGAUAAAGAUGGCAGAAGGAGGAUAGAGAAUGACAGAGAGAGGGAACGAGAAGAGAAACUGGCGCUGAUGUACGAAAGGUUAAGGAUUGAGUUGCCCAGUUUUUUCAUCAAGGAUCACGACUACAGCAUGUACUCUGUCGAUGUGGAGUUCAUCAACGGGUUGCUGAACACUAAAACCAGGGGUAGAGUGGUCUAUCGGAUGACGCUUACACUCUGGCAGCUGCUGUGUAGGCUGUGCCUGGCAGAUGUGCGGUUCGAGGUGUUGAAACUGACCAAACACAGCGAGGACGGGACGGUGCGGGCACGCUGGAGGGUGCGAGGCCAGCCUUUUUACCUCAUGCCGCUGCGCUUAUACAGGCGGGACAAGACUUCUUUGUACAGGACUUAUGAUGCCUUCUCCACCUUUUACCUGGGCCCUGAUGGACUUGUGCACUGCCACAGGGUGGAGAAAGUGAUGCAGGCCCAGCCUCCAGCCUUGCCCCGAGUGACAUCACUGCUGGCUGGGGCCUUGGUGGCCCUCGGCACCCAGGAUCAUCGGCCGGCCCUUAAUCUCCUGCCCUUCCUCUUAUCCUCCCUGCGUCUGGGGAGGUACUGAGGCCCACGGGGUCAUGGGUGCACCGGGAAGAGGGACAAAUAAUGAAGAUAGAGGGAGGUUGUUUGAGAAAGCGCUAGAGAGACACUCAUACAAGAGAAACGAAAGCUCAGAUGUUAUGUAACAGGGGCCAAAAGGGAGUGACCUUACACAGCAGGUGACUUUAACCCCGAGUGCUCGAAAGUGCUGUUCCUCUUGCUUUCCAAAUAAACGUGAACAUGCAAACGAGUCUCCAAAGUGUCAAUGGAGGGGUGCGACUGUGCUUAAGAGGGCUGAGCAGAUAAGCUGUUACCUGUGUGUAAUCAACGCACAAAGGGGCAGGCGAUGCCCCACAGGCAUGCAAAGCCUCCUGCCGAGCUCUUGACCGAAGCUAUUCCCCAUUAUGUGUGCUGCACCACAGCAGUCUGUCCCAGACUCUCAACAUGUGCCCUGUGUUUCUGUACUUACUGCACUAACUUGGACAGCAGAGUUUGGUGAGUUUAAGGAGGAAGGUUAAAUCAGUUUAACUUCUACCAGUUGAAUCAUGUUACUUUGUUCACAGGCUGAGUGGAAUGUUAGUAUAGCCGGUGACUCAUUCUACAUUUACUUAGGAGUGCAGCUUUUUCAAUUCUGAAGAGCAGACUAACAGCCUAAACCAAAGUAUAACAGCUGUUGGAGAAGAUGACAGUAGCUGGCCUCGUAUGAAAAGGGAGAGAAUUUAGUAAUGUUUGUUGCCUGGGGAAAGCACUGAAACUAAUUCCUCAACUCCAAGGGUAAAUAAACUUCCUGAACUUUUAUACUGUAUGCUUUCAAGAACACCAGCUGAAGUUGUCAACUAGUUCUGUUUUGUCAGUGUGACAAGUUAGGAACAGUGAAGUAAAACACUGACCAGGUAUGACUGUGGUUUUGCAGUAGGUCUCAGUGCAGGGUAUAAAUGACAGCACUGAUGACUGAUGCUGGUUUACAGAUAUAAUUCAUCUGCAUACAGGAACAGCACUUUGAACUCUUGCCAGACAGUAGCUGACACAGAAAUUGCCACCGCUGUUCUAAUGUCCCCACAAGGAUCAUUCACAUUCACCAGUAGGUUGCUUUGUCAUGUCCAGUUGAACAGUAAGAGCUGUGAAAUUCACCAGUGACUUAUUGCACACCAGUGUAAAUUAAACUGUGGUCUUGUUCUGCCAAUUUUUUGUCUACACUAAUUACCUGCUCUGUUGUGCAUUUGUGUACAUAUAGACAGUAUAGAUGCCUUGUUCAAUUCUACAUGCUUUGAGUGCAUUGAGUGAUGUUAAGUCACCUCUGAUGCCCUCUAGGCUGCCCAAGACUUGAUUAUCAUGACUAUGGUAACAAUACUGCUCUGUGGGUGUUAUUAACCAGACAAUAAAGCACUAUACAGGCAGCUGUGCGUGUCUUAUCUC